AUGCAACCAUGCAUGAUGGCCAGUGAUGUCCUAUCAUCAUCGUCGUCUUGUUUCUUGUUUGGCUUCUUGUUUUUGCACGUGUCGCCUGUGGUGUCGCGCUCGCAGAUGUUUUGAUUUUGUAGUUGCGAGCAGGGAGCACCGACGAAUCGCGACUUUGCGCCUUCGUCCUUGAGAGUUUCACUUUUUUGUUUUUUUCCCGUAGUGCUACUAGGUGAAGCGGAAGAAAGAACGUUUGCGAUUCUCCGUUCCUGUGAAUAUUGUGUGGUGCUAACGACGAGGCUCGGAACACGGGGAAAUGCCUACUCCGUCGCGUAGCGCGCUGACUGUGCGGCGGUCGCGCGUUCAAAUCUUUCCCGACGUCGCCUCGGGAUGCUCUUGACAACUCGCGCAGCUGACGCGGGCGAUAGAGUGUUGUGUUGUUGAUGAAAUCGUCGCCCGAGCCGCUCUAUGAGCGAGCAGAAGAGCGCUAAUUUGGGCCAUGGUGCCAGCGAACGUCUCGGAGCCUCGCGAGAUGUCUUGCUCGUCGCCGCCUUUGAUGCCGGCUGAAGACGGUUGCAGAUCCCCUGACGAGCAUGGAGCACAGCCAACAUUGCAACCAGCACAACAGGAUGGCAAGUCACUGGUUCACCUCUUCGAUGGUGGCACGUUGGUAUCCCAGUCCUUCGCACAGUCACUUCUACAGAGCAUCCUAUCCAGCGUAGAGAGCAGAGACCCUGUGGUGGCAACUGCCUGGGCUGACACGCUGCUGGAUGUUCUCGAGCUUCUACCAAGGGCCACGAUAUCGCAGCAGGUAUUGCCAGUCGCAGUGCAGAAGGGCCAGGUGUCCCAGUCACCCCUGUCCCGCCUAGUGUCUUGCCGUCUGUUAGGUGCAGUGGCCGCAUUGCUGGAAACAGUUGUGGUGCAGAAGGAGCUGCUACCGCUGGCAGAGUCCCUCUGCCGGGAUCCUGAUCCAGACGUUCGGGCCAGCAUGUGUUGUCAGCUGGGCACUCUCACUCGGUCCAUCGGGCUGGGAAUGACAAAGCAGUACCUGCUGCCUUGUCUGGUAGAGCUGUCCAGUGAUGCAGACAGCGCAGUUCGGCGUGCAGCCCUGGAGGCUACCGUUACUAUGCUGGGACUGCUGGAUGACGUGCCGUGCCGGGACAACCUGGUGUCGCUGGUUCUCCGGUGGAGGCAGCGUUCUGCUGGUGAACUAGCUUUCCUGGCUACGCAGUUUGGACCCCUCUGCCGCCUGCCUACAGGAAUUGUCGAGAAGGAUGGCUGGCUGGUGGAGCUCUACCAACAGUUGUCGACCGCCGGAUUGUGUGUCUCCAAGAACAGUCCAGACAGAAUGCCCACUUCACAAGCCGCCGGCAGCCGGUGUCGUCGGACUUGUGCCCACUUCUUUCCUGACCUGGUGCAGUUCGUUACUGCAGAAUCAUUCGAGGCCAAGCUUCUACCCGUGUGGAAGAGGUUGUGUGCCGACCCAGACCCAUCAGUGCGCUCUGUCAUAGCUGGUGCAGUCAUUCAGGUGGUGAACGCAAUAAGGGGCCACGGCAUCGUAGGAUGGCCACACCUCUUGCUGCCUGAGACUUGCAAGCUACUCACGGAGGGUCUCCUGGCGGAGAGUCUGUCGGGUCUGGUGCAGGCCUUGCUGGAAUCUCGUGACCACUGUUGUCCUGGUUGUCGGGGCUGUGACAGGUGCUGCACGGAAGAACAGCUUGUGGAGCUGGUCUCUGCUGCCGAGGCAUGCAUUGCACGAGUGGGCCUCAAGUGGCGUCGUGAGGUGGCUAUUUGGAGCGCUCUCGGUUGCUUCACUGGCUCGCUGCUUCAGACUUCUCUGGAAGAACGUAUCACUCAGCGCCUGCUCCGGCGGACUCAGGCUUCCGGACCGCUACCAUGUCGACUGGCUGCUGUCCAGAGUCUAGUGGCUUUCCUGCGGCGCGGCACCAGCGGUCAAGAGCAACUCCUCGCAGACAUCACUCGAGACUUGGCAGAGGGGCGGAGCUGUCGCAGUCGACUCAUGUUCGUGCACCUCUGUGCCCACGUCCAGGACAGUCGACUACUAACGCAGUGGCAGCUGUUGCAACACCUCCACCGACUGGCCGCUGAGGAUUCGGUGGAGAGCAUACGACGUCAGGCAGGCCGCUGCCUCGAGCAACUGGAACCUCAAUCGAAGGCCGAGCAGCAGUCAACGACCUCGAGGACUCGCCCGGCCACUACUAGGAGGCUCAAGGCCAUGGCUCUCUGCGUUCUCAAGGGUUCGUCAUUGGAGCAUCAUUCCUCUUCAAAAGUACCAGUUAGCGCACGCCAUUGGCCAAUGGGCUUAACCGGAAAACAAGAAAAUCACUCGUCAUCACAUGUGCACAAAGCAAGUGCGAUGCAGUCUCAAGGGAGACUGGCUGAGAGAAGUCCAACUCCUAGCCGUAUUCCAGUUUUGGAAUCUGCUUACAGGUGCAGGAGACAGCCUACGGAGACCGUUGGCAAACAACUUCCAGACUGAACCCAGAAACUCGGGCCAGAAGUUGUCCGUCGUGUGUUUUUGCAGCCUGUUCCAGGUGGCUACAUAUUUUGCCAUGUUUGGAUUUGCCGAGUGUGGCUGAAGUGGACGCAACGAAAAAGACUUCUCAUAAGUGCUACUGGCCCGUCGUAUUGUCACGUUUCAUAGGGCAGUUCAUGGAUAAUGGUUGUAGACAGGUUGGCAGGUAGCGAUGGGGACACAAAACGGAUCCUUAUCGAGCAAGCUUGCAUCACCAUUGUCACCUGUCAUCUUGGCUACAACCCAGCAGACUUGUGCCAUUUUUGUCACCUGUUGCCUUGUCUACAAUCGUCACGUCCAGUGAGGGAACCAAGUUUGCUCCUUGUUAAGCAAACUUGUUUCACGGUCAUCACCUUUUGGCCUGUCUGCAACUGUCACGUUCAGCAGUCAUCUUGUUCAAGGUGGCACUACGACAAUAGUGAACUUGUGUUUGCUGAAGAAACAGCAUAACUCGGUGACAGCAUGGUGAGUGGCUGUAAAUUUAAACGGCCCAACGCACAUUCAGCCCCUUUUGACACAGCAUCACAGAGCGUCCCCAUUCAAUCAUUGGUGACCGCAAGAAACUUCGAAGUGACCACAUACGUCACAUACAAUAGGAUAAGGCAGUUGUUUCCUUGCAGUGUUGCCCAGAAUAAUUGUGACUUAGGAAUGAUGAAUUCGCUGAGUGAAUAUCACAGAAGAGCAAUACUAAUAGUACUGCAAGGGAAGAAAAUUACAAAGAAUAUGCACGUAGUGUUAUCGUCACCAACUGUGUUGAUGGAAGUCGUGGAACAAUGUGUCAUGCACAGCUCGGAAGAAGUGGACAACACUGCCUGUUCAUAAUAUUUUAUUCUGCUGUACACUCAGUCGUGCUGUUGUGCCAUUGUUAUAAUUGCAGGCUACUGCAAUCAUGACCUGUGGCAUUAUUCUUGACCUGAGCAACACAUUUAAUUGAUAGCAACUGCAAACAAGAUUGUUGGUCGUCGAAUCCCAUUGCCAAAAUCUGUCUAUUUAUGUGUGUCAUAGUACAUUCCGCAGCAGUCAGCAGUGCUCACAUAGACGUGAAAAUGUGCAAAAGUGCUUGUGUCACACAUACAAUCUGGUUAGACAGAUCUCUCUUGCUGCCAUAUUGGCAACCACACUCACGAGGUUUUGGAUACUGCAGACAUGUCACGCGUGACAGUGACAUUCACAACAAUGAUAGUACCGUCAAAAUGAUCACUGGCAAAAAGUAAAGCAGCACAUGCAUGGCAGUAUCGCUCUUUGCUGACACCUAGGGAAUACCUGGCAAUGCUGAAUGUAUUGUUGUGCAAUAUCAGUGCCUAUAGUGUUCAAUCAAAAGUGCAGCCUCAAGUGACCAGUUUUGGUGCACUAAAGCUUGACCUCGGCGUUCGUGUUUAUAAAGAAAUCUGCUUACAAGCAUGUACACAAGUGCCGCCUGCGUUAGAGAGGACAUUUUGAAGUUCCUGUGUCGCUUAUCUGUGCAACAGAGCGACGCAGAAGUGAUCUUGUAAACACAUUGCUGCAAUCUGUUGGGUCAUACUUGCAUUGUCUCGAGAAAGCCCAGUUGUGCUUACGGAAGAGACUGCAGUUUUAACCAGAGCAGUGUGUGUGCUUGCAAAAAUUUGCGAAGUCUUGUCUAGUUGCUUAGACCAAUGCAAGCAGUGGUGUGCUUGGAGAUGUUUAAUUGCACUGUUCGCAUGUUCUGGCAUACUUUUAUGAGAGAUAGUAUGGUGAAGUACAAUACUAAAUUUCGCAGUUUUGAUAGGAAGAGUCCUAACUUUUUUUAGUACUUCACUCGCUAUCUCAAUUUCAUCAGUCGCUAAAGUAUCAAUUCAUGUUAAGAAAGCCCUGCGACAUAUUUAAAAUUUAAUAAAGUAUAGGGCACGAAGGAACAUCAUCAAUAGUCCCCUUCUUCUGGAAUAUUAAAGCUAGAAUGAGCAAAUGUCUUCGAAAUUUGCUUUCUUACCGCAUUUUUCCUAGCUCAGGAUUUUCGAAGAUGAGUUGUCCGCACACUAGUAAUCUACAGAAUGGUCCUCUAGUUUCUUGGCUGCAUUCGUAGAAACAAUAUUUAGGUCAAGUGCUCAAAAAAUCAUUAUCUAGCAUAUGGCAAGGCUUCAUUGCCAUGCUCAAAAAAGUGUGGUAGGGCUUUUGAUGAAUAAUACACUACACAUCAUCAGUUGGUUGCCAGACAUUGAUUGUAUCACUGAUAUCACUGGAACUGCAAUUUGUUGCUUACAGUGUUAAGCUACGAACACCACGAGCCUACAUCUCAGUGUAAGCAAAUGAAAGUAUUAUUGCUGCGACUUCAAUUGUGAUUAGACUAUGCAUGCAUCACAUAGGAUCAUCCACUGAAUACUCAACCUAUGAAGCCCGGGUGUACACUCACAAAUUAGCAUUUAAUGUUCUGUAUUUUUACAUGCAUAACCCCACUCCUACAAAUGAUACAGUGCCCUCCCUAUUACAGUCCUAGAAAGAGGAAGAGGAUUGAUGUGUGUAAUAUGUUUUCCCUUUUUUUUUUUUAUUAACGAUCCAGCACAGUUUCAGGCAAGAAUCGAAGUUCCCGAAAAUGUGUUGCCUUAUGUGCUUAGUCAUUGGUGCUUUCACUGUUACUUCUCAUCGAAGCAUAGCACAGGGUUAUCAUGACAGUGCAAAGCAUGUUGUUGCAAAGCUGCACCUGAAGGAAAAGUUCUCAUAUUAGCUGCACUUUGUACUUAGAAGUAUAGUAAAAGCAAACGCUGAGUCCGUCUUUAGAUCGUUGGAAAGUUUGAGCCUUGUUAUACUGAAGUCUUGUACGAUACGAAAAUGCCUUCAUUGUAUCCAAUAUUCAUUGUAAGCAUAUAUGCUUUUGCAUGGUAUUAUAAUAUCUUUGAGAAACAGGUUAAACUUGGUUUGUUGUAUCUGGUAAUCUGUAGUUGUGUUUGUUGUAUCGAGGUUAAAUGUACCUUUCUAGGAAUCUUGCAGCAUUUGUUUCGCACCAACACAUUAUUUCAGUAGGGAGGAAAAUCACAGCUGAAUGCAUUCUCAAAUUGUGUGUGUGAACAGCUGUUAUGUAGGUAUCCAAUCCAUGCUGGCAAUCUUGGAAGCCAUGCUCUAGAGAGCCUCCUUUGAGCCAUAGGCCUGCACACAGACAAUGCCAUGCUUGCACAAAUAGAGCUAACAGAGUAGUACAGUUGGUGCAGUCCUAAAACCGACAUCUGUGAUGUAUUUCUGGCUCUCGCAAUCACUUCUGCCACGUGCAUCCAGCAAAAGCAUAGACUUCUAUAUCUGCAUUUCUUAAACAGAGGGCGCCACCAUUGGGGCGUGGAUUUGGACGCUACCUGUGGGCUAUGUAGCAGCUGCAAAUCCUUCAGUAGAAUUAUCAGAAAAAAUUUUCAAAUUGCAUUGUUCAGGGCCCCAUGUCGCAGAAAAUCCGGUGUCAGCGGCGUUGUUUGGCAGAGAAAAUCAUCCCGAAUCGCGCGUCCUGAAACACGCAGGCCCUCCACGAGGUGCGUAGGCGUUAAUGAAUUGAAUUUCUCAAAGUAAAAUGCAUCAGAAAAUUCGUAAAGUACAACUUGCACACAACCUACAGACACUAUGCCAUUGGAUUGUAAUUUGAAUAUACGAGAAAACAUAAUUCUGUUGCGGAGAAACUCAAACAAAAAACCGCUUCUCCAGCUGCAUUUUGAGGUCUGUCUCGGUAGGAGUGGCGAGACCUGCUCGCUUCGUUGUGACACCAGCCAGAUGGCACUCGCCUCAGCACAUCCGUGGCAGCGGCGCGGCAUCCGCCAUGGGGGGGGGCAGAAAAAAAGGAACCAGAAAGCUCGCCUUAGUGCAUAGCUUUCGCUGCCAGCGUUUCCAGGAAAACAUUACGGUUACAUAAGCUGCAGUUGCCAGGAAGCGUGAGAAGCAGUCAGGGAUCUUUGAAUGCUAUCGCAUUCUAAUCUUAAACGCAAAGCUUAAGCAUCCUCCAAGUUCUCAUGUUAAUGUCAUUUUGUCGCUUACAUGAUUUCAGUCUUUAUAAAAAGACAGGAUUUGGACUCCUUUGCACAGUACUUAUAAGUUUAGCUUAAUAUGAGCCUGCAGUUUUCCUUUAUAGUUAUCGGAUUCUUUCAUGUGGGAUGUGCAUGCAAAAAUACAGUGCACCCGGGCGCAUUUUCUCAGUGAAGCAUUUAAUGCUUUACGCCAUGUUGGAGUGUUACUGCAGUCAUGUAGCAAUUCUCAGGAACUCCUCCUAUUCUUGUGUGUGUGUGUGUUAGUGUAUGUGCAAAAAAGGUGUAGUGCAAUAGCUGUUGGUGCUUGAAAGUAGCAGUCCUUAGGAAGUGCCUUAUUUUGUAAAAAAAAAAUAAUGAUACGACCAUUGUUGACCCUGGCCCUAUAUGAUUGUGGGCAUCCUUUACUUGUUGAUACUAUACACUUUUUAGGAAACAAGGGUAUGUUAGACUCUGUAAGCAUUCCUUACGUGAAAUAAAACAUUUCCUGCCUUUUA